AAAGAGUGGGAGACGAGUGCUGUUCCCCAAAAAGCUAGGCUGCCAUCUCCGAGCCCUCGGGGCGCCUUCUCGCCAUGGCGUCCGGCGAAUCCCAGAAACAUCUCCUCUCGCUGAUCCGCAAUUUCGCCUCGGAGAAAUCCCAAGAAGAGCUUAGGGUGUCCGAUCGUAAGAAGCGGCUCCUCGAACUUCAGAACGAUCUCAAUGUGGCAAACGCCGACCUCGAUGGGGCCAAGCGGUCCAGGGAGAUGGUCGAGCAGGAGCUGAGGGGAUCGCAGGUUCAGCUUUCUAUGAUUGGUGCAUCAAUCCAUGCGCAAGAGGCGAGGAUUUCUCUGCUGCAGGAGGAGAUAUUGAAGCUCCGUUCUGAUCUGGAUACACUCAAGAGUGAAGUGCGUUUCAUGCGAGACGAAUUUGUUAACAGUAUGUGCGAGCUGAACAAGAAAAUAAGGCAAUUUCAAGAGAUUACUGUCAAUGCUUUCCAGAAAGAGCAACCUGGACAACUUUGUUCAGAUAAUGGCUUUCUAAAAGGUCUUGAAGAUAACAUUACAUGCCUCAGCACUCAGAUGCAUGAGUUGGAAGCAGAGUACGAAAAAGAAAGACAUAAUCGUGAUAAGGUUUGUGAACAGCUUGCCCAUGUUGAAAGGAGAUGGUUUCUUGUGACGGCCAUCAUGGAAGAAAUGAAGCAGCUGCAGAAACUAGCUGAAUAUCCUUCUUGGUUUGGUUUUAUGAUUAUGUUAACAUGCACAGCAAGCGUAUGCAGCAUGUUCUAUAUACAACAUGCAGUAGUGCCUAUCAACCUGAUGAUUACUCAACCAUAGGAAGAGGGAGAGGCCGCUACAUAUUUCAGAAUGUUUCCCUAACUAUAAAAAGCAGACAUCUGAGUUGGAGAAGGUAUAUGCUUCUCUUGGGGAGGACUUGCAGAAGAGGUGCACAUGUCCAGGCUGUGGAUCAAACAACAUUGAAGACGGAGGGAACUGAAGCCACCUGAGGUACGUCUUAUCCAGUAUCUGCAAUUCUAGAUACAAGACAUAGGUAGACCAUGAAGCCAUUGGCAAAUAUUGCGGCUUGCACAGCACAUCUUUGAAUGAUCAUGUCCGGUUUCUUAUAAAAAUAGAAACGAUGCUACCUUAAACGGAUGCAAUUUAACUUCGAAGCAGACUUGUGCCAGAAGGAUGAUAUAUGUUACAUCUUGCUAAGAGGAAAAGUCGAACAUAUACAGCUUAGAUUGGCUUA